CUAGAGGAACGCGUGGGUGCAGGGUUGUCAUUUGACGAGGACAACGAUUUCACUGCACCUGACCAAGAUUCAAAAGUGGUGAGCUAGCUAGGCUUAUUGCCGCCCGCUGAGAUAAUCAUCACGGGCGCUUACCAAAAUCGCGAGAUGACGAGCGGCGGUAAAUCCACCGGGAUCACCGGGGGCUCCGGUUACGCCAAGGACAUUUUCGGGGCGGCAACGCUUUACCGAGAAUGGGGUUACCGCUUGAAAACUAUCGAGGAAUACUCCAGUGCGAUUACCGCUUUUGAGGCGUCGCAAAAUUACACCGAAACGGACGAUCUCAGGACUCUUCUUGGGCUGAGCGAAGCCCUCAGUCGGAAUACGAAAUACCACGAGGCUGCCGGGGUCAUCGACAAAUGCAUGCGGAUAGAUCCUCAGAAUUUGCGGGUGAAAUGGAGACGCGUCGAGACCCUCUUCGCGAUCGCGGAAUUCGGAUACAGUUUGAUACACGCCCACCAAGGUAUGCAACAGCACAGGUUUCCCUUCGAGCUAGGAGUAUUUCAGGGGAACGGAACCGUGUUGGACUGUAUCGGGCAUAACACCUCGCCGAUCGCCCUCAGAGAAUUAUUCCCAUGGAUUCGGAGUGUCCAGCGAAGGCAGCGCGAGCUCAUCGCCAAACUUGGAGAGGAGGAGGAUGAGUUUCAAGGCAUAGACGAUGAGAAUACACGACUCAAGGUCAACGAUCCUACCGCGAAGCUGAAAGCGUACCUGGAUCAACUCCACCGUGUCUUGGCUGAAACUUAUUUGGGACUUAUGGCUCAGGACAAGGACAUGAUGAGCGAGACCUUGGAGAACAAUGCUAUCUGGUCCGCGAACGCGGAGAGCAGCAAGCAGAUUUACGCGCUAGCUGAUGAAUUUUACCGGAAGUCGUGCUACCGACAAGACGUCUUGCGGAUCCGCAGGCCCUACUACGCCUAUAGAUUUGACCGCGAGGCAUGGCCGGCCGGGCACAAAGCGCUGGUGCGACACGGAAAAAAAAUCCGUAGCGACACCGUUGUGAUCGAGGCUAACUUUCUGCUGCAGCGACUCCACCGAGUCAGAAUGAAACGCGACUACCCGCUUUUCUUCAAAUAUUUGGAUCGGACUAAAAUCAAGUUCGAGUCUUACAGCGACCGUAUGUUUCCGCUCAAACAAAAGUGCCUGAAUACAAUUUAUAAGAUGGCCGGAUGGGCGUACACCGAUCCUAGGAAUCUGACAUGCCUCGAAGACGGGGCGAAGGACCGCUACCUCAAACAUCACCUUGGAAUUCGCGUGGCUAAGCUACCGAGAGAUUCGGAUAUCGCAUGGGUACCGACCACCGACGUUAAACUUGCCCUCAAGGCAUUUCGACGCCGAUUGUCCCUUGCGUCUCAACCCCUCGAGUUAGCCUGGCUAUUUCACGACCUCUGCAAGUUAUACGUGGAAACUCGAAGGUUCGAUCUUGCUCGUUUUUACGCGAAAAAGGCGCGCGACGCAAGCAUAGAGGCUGAAAACGAGCACUGGCUUUUGAAUGCUAACCAUAUUAUGGUGAGGAUCGAGAUUCUUCAGCAUAAUCGAAACGAGGCUCGCGAAGCUGCCCAGGUGGCAAUGCACAGCGCCAAAAGACUCGGAAUCGACUAUCUGGUGGAUUUUUAUCAACGAGCAGUUCGGUUAGUCGAUGAAAUCGACUUUGAUAUCCUGAACGGAGCUGAUAGCAUCACCAAACGCCAAACCCUGAUCGUUGACCUGAUGCCCGACGAACUGAAGAACACCGUGGAUUUUUUAUUCCUCAGUAUGAACGUCGUGCCCGCAAAACGGAGACUCUCGGUAAUGCCGGGAUGCAAAGCGUUCAACUACAAGUUCCCCAUGUACUGCAGAAGAAACUCCAUACUCCCCGCACCGCCGAGGGAUCCUGAAAAAGAAUCGCGAACGGCUCUGCUCAAGCAGUUCGCGCCCCCACGCGGCGUUGUCGGCUGGAUGGACUUUGAUGACUACGUGUAACUGUC